AUGUCCACUGAACCAACAUCUAUUAAGGGUAGUGUUCAACCUCCUACUUCGAUAGAUUCUGAAAAUUCGGGUGUUGGAGCUUCAAGCCAAGCAAAUGUGACUACUGGGAAAAGAAAAGCCACUCCUCAAAGGUCAGAAGUUUGGUCUCACUUCACUAAGAUUAUUAAUAGUGAAGGUGCAAGUAAGGCUAAAUGUAAUUAUUGUCAAAAGGAAUUUUGUUGUGAUGUGAAAAAAAAUGGUACAGGGUCAUUGAAAUAUCAUAUUGGUUCAUGUAAAAAAAAUCCUAGCAAUGUUGUUGACCCUAGUCAAGGACAACUAGUUUUACCUAGAAAGGGAGUUGAAGGGGGGGAAGGGCAUCUUUCAACUUGGAGAUUUGAUCAAGAAGCAUGUAGGAAAGGAUUAGCACAAAUGAUUGUGAUUGAUGAAUUACCUUUCAAGUUUGUUGAAAGUGAAGGCUUUAAGAAGUUUAUGUUUGUGGCAUGUCCUAGGUUUCAUAUUCCUUCACGAACUACUAUGACUAGGGAUGUUUAUCAAUUGUAUUUAGAUGAAAGGGUCAAGAUAAAACAACUUUUGAGAAGUUCUUGUUCUAGAGUUUGCUUAACUACUGACACAUGGACUUCUUUUCAUAAGGGUGAGUCCAUUGGGAUGGUGAUUGAGAAAUGUUUGUUGAAUUGGGGAUUGAUAAGUUGUUUCUUUAUUCAUGUUGAUAAUGCAAGUUCAAAUGAUGUUGCUAUUGGUUAUUUGAGAAAGAAAUUUAACCCUCGAGGGGGUUUAGUUCAAAAUGGUAAAUAUCUUCAUAUGAGAUGCAUGGCACACAUUGUGAAUUUGAUUGUUGUUGAAGGCUUAAAGGAAAUGAAUAAAUCUGUUGAACGUGUUAGGGGGGCUGUUAGAUAUGUGAGACAAUCUCCAGCUAGAUUACAAAAGUUUAAGAAGUGUGUUGUGAUGGAAAAGAUAGAGUGCAAGAAGAUGUUGUGUCUUGAUGGAGAGGGUUGGCCUAGUGUGGAUGAUUGGGCUAAUGUUAGAAACUUGAGGGAUUUCUUGGAACACUUUUAUGAAGUUACUUUGCGUAUAUCUGGCACUUCAUAUGUCACGUCUAAUAAUUUUUUUGAUGAGCUUUCUGAAAUUGAUAUUCUUUUACGAGAUGCUCAAUUAAAUAGUAAUGUUGAUUUCAAUGUUAUGGCCAUCAAGAUGAAAGAGAAGUAUGAUAAGUAUUGGGGUGAUAUUGAUAAGAUGAAUUGGUGGUGA